CUUUGAAGAAAGCUUACACGCACCUUUCACACUCAACUCGCGAUGCUCCCAGCAUUGCAGCCGUCGCGCCCAAAGCUCCCGCAACAAGACUACCAGCGCCCUAGCUACCUCCACCAGCAAACCCGCACCCUACAAUACCCCUCUAUUCCUCCCCCUCCCGUAUCCAGCGCACCAAGCUCCACUGUAUCGCAAAAGAAGCCUCGGAACCAAAUAGAAGCAAUGUCGCCUUUCGCCCCACCUCUCCAGACCCUUCAAACCCUUCAGACCCGAAACCCGACCUUCUCACCGAGCGCGUAUGACAGCGCGGUCAGGCAUCCCGUUUUUUUCACUCAGCAAUUACGGAAACCUCCGUUCCCACUGCCACAAAAUGCUGCGCAGGGUGCGAAUCCGGUAGCGUUCGGGUAUGUGCUGGAGUCAAGGAAGGCUGAUGCUACGUUUGGGGGACGGACGAAGCUGUGAGAGUGGGUUGUACUGUACGAUGCCUGGUCAAGAAUCCCCAUACACUGGUCUACCACAGCGCGAGGAACUUCAUAGUGUUUUCAGAAUUUCGAAUAAGAGAGAAGCUCGGCGUUUUGUACAAC